AUGAUUACUCCAAGUUUGAGAGAGUUGAAACUAACAGCUGUCCCACUGAAUGAUAAUAUAGGGACAUCAAGUUCAAGACCUUCUUCAACUCCACCUGUAGCAUCUACAAUGGAUACAACUCAUAAGUUUUCAAAUCCAAUCAGUUUAAUAUCAAAAAAAGGAUCAUUCAAAAAUACAUCCAAUUCAUCUUUGCCAACUAUGACAGAAACGAAAACCCAAAAAGUUGAAACUAAACAUCACAUUCCAGUUUCUAACCUGACAACAGCAGAUAAUGGAUCUAGAAAACCUGGAUUAUCAUAUUUACCAAGUCAAUGUGAGAAAAUUUCAUCUCUCACUGGUGGUACAUUGACUAUUUUAUUAGUUGGUGAGAGAGGUACUGGGAAAACCUCCUUUAUAAACUCAUUAUUCGGCAGUAAUUUAAUUAAUGAAAAUUCAGAGGAUAAAGAUAUAGGUGACAAUAAAUCCAUUAGUGUUCAUAGAUUUGAAUUAGUUGAAGAUAAUAUCAAACUUGAUUUAAGAGUUAUCGAAACCAUUGAUUAUGGAAAUAGUUUCAACAGUAAUGCAAGUUGGAUAACAUUAAGUAAAUAUGUUGAUGAUCAAUUCAAACUAUAUCUUUAUCAAUCUCAACAGCCUAAAAGAGCCACAAUGGUUGAUUCCAGAAUUCAUUGUUGUAUUUAUUUUUUGAAUCUGGCCACAAAACUGAUUUCUAAUUUGGACAUCCAGUCAAUGAAAAGUUUAUCAACAAAGACUAAUUUACUACCAGUGAUUGCAAAAGCAGAUAUGUUGACCGAUGUUGAAUUGAAUGGGUUUAAGAAAUUGCUCAACAGAACAAUGAAGGAAUAUCAUAUAAGAAUUUGUGAAAAUUUACCAAGUCUUGUUUUGUUACAAAGGCUUGAAUUAAUGGUUCCGUUUGUUAUUGUUUCUUCUUUGGAAAAACAUGAGAAUAAAAAUGGGAAACUUGUACGAGCACGGAAAUAUCCUUGGGGAAUGGUAGAAAUCGAGAAUCCAUUACAUUGUGAUUUCAUUUAUCUUCGAAAAUUGCUAUUAAUUGAAAACACCUUAGAGUUUGUUGCUGCUACAGAAGUUUACUAUGAACAAUAUCGUUGUACUUAUUUGACUAGUCAUUUGCUUAAAAACAGUCAAUACGAAGCUGGGAGAAAUGUCUUGAAUGGUUUGGAACAACUUAUGAUGCAACAACAGGAUCAAAUAGUGGAAUUGAUUAGCAAUACUGAAACUUCGGAUGAUCCGAUAAUUGGAGUUAUGGAACAACAGGUUAACUACAGACUUUCAAAGUAUAGAAAGGAGCAAGAGUCUAGAUUGAGAUCAUGGAAAGUUCAUUUAGUGGAUGAGCAAGAAAAGUUGCAAAAAGAGCUUCAUAUGUUGGCUGAUCAAAGAAAUCUGUUGCAGAAAGCAAUCGAUGAAUUUUAUAAUAUCUCCGAAGUGGAAGAGCUACAAGAUUCUUCAGAAACAUAUAAAAAUGGUACAGAUGAAAUUCAAACAUCUAUUACUCCUUCAGUGAUAUCUGAAGAGGAUAAAGAAUUUUCACCACCUCUUGAAUGA